AUGGAGCAGCUCCUGCGCACGUUCAAGACGUCAAUCACUGCAAGCCAGGCGAUGAAGUUAAUCAUGGCGAAGAAGGACGCACGACGCACCUGGGCCGAGCACUUCCUGUAUAUGGUCGCCGUCAGCGAGGCGCGUGGUGGUGCCGACUCGCCUGUUCUUGAUAACAUCGUCCAACACGCUACGCCGGAGCUGAUGAACGAGAUGCGCUCCAAGUAUGAACCCACGCGACUCGACUACCUGCGCCAUGCCGAGGAGCUGGCGCACUUCGCGCAGUCCAUUGAGCACGGCAGCAGCGCGGUGGGUCGUGAGGUCGUCGCCGCGCACGUGGAAGGCAAACCCAAGAGCGCGAUCACGUAA